AUGGCCCACAAGGCAUCGGAGCAGGAGAUAUGCCAGUCAGUGCUUGGUUUUGUAACGGAGGGCACCUACCCAACAUCUGAGGAUGUAAUUGCCGCGGAGUUUCCGGUAUCUGCUCUCGCAAGGGAGCUAGAGCUUAUAUCAAAGGCAAGGGAGGAAGUGGAGGCGGAGAUCACUGCACUAAGCCGGGACAAUGACUUUGACGCCGAUGGAUGGAUUUCGCAAGCAAAACAACUUCAUGCAGACAUCGAGCGAUCUCGUGUCACUGCGAGGGAGAUCGUCGCGCAGCAUGAGAAUACAAACCCUUUACAACUGAAGGUUGAAGACGCCGCUGCCAAGUUUCAAUUGGUUGAAACUGAAAUCGCAUUCAACCAAGCUGUAACGCACACACUUGAGGAGGUACAAAGACUAUGUCAACGACUCGAUGCUGGGCGGGCCAUCCUUGGAGAGGGCCAGGUGAUGGACGCAAUCGAAACAUUAGAAGCGACCGAGGAGGCCAUAAGAAAAGACAAUCUCUUUUCAAACACCACUGUCAUGCACGUAUUAUUAGAGAAUGUCAGCGAACUGCGGAGGGAAAUUGCGGAGUCCCUCCGUGCUCGCUGGAGCAAGCAGCUGAACGUUAACAGAAAGGAGAGUAUCUUGACACUCUUGAAUGACAAUGGACAUUCAUUGGAAGAAACUAUCGCGGCUCUGGCCCACCUUGAUAUGCUCGCGUUGUGCAAGGAUAAGUUCGAGAAAGACUUACUUGCUACCCUUUUCGAUCCUAUUCUACUGCCUGCAGUUGAAGGGCAAAGCCGUGGUAUCAAGAUUGGAGAGUCUUCAAUUCAGAUAGAAUCCCAACCAUCGAAGGCAUCAGUGUCUGAGGUUUUGGACCGCCUCGCCACAGCCUUGGGCUUCCUACGCCAACACCUUCCAGCAACAGUCUCGGACUCAUUUUCGGAUUCACUCAUCCCGACACUUUCAUCGAAGGUGAUAUCCUUCUGGCUGUCUUCUGCGAUACCAACAGACCUUGAAGGUCUGAGUAUGUUCGAAGACAUCUUAAACUACGUUUUAAAGUUUACCAAUACGUUGGAGACAUUUGGGUGGCAGGGGUACGAGGAACUUGUUUCUUGGGUCAAUCAGGCCCCUCGUUUAUGGCUAACCAGGCGUCGAGUCGAUUCAUUGGACCAAGUUCGCAAAGUCCUGGCCGCUAGUCAGGGUACCACAAAGCAGGUAGAGCGUAUUGAAAAAGAGGAGGUUUCUGGUAAGGAUGAGGUUCUACUGGAUAAUACGACUGACGAUUGGGAUGCUGGCUGGGAUGACGAGAACGAACACGAGACCGCAGCGAAGCAUUCUGGAAAUAAAGAAGACGAAGAGGAUGUCAGCGCAUGGGGUCUUGACGACGAUACCGAGGAGAACACAGCUGAAACGAAGCCUGAUCCAUCUGCUGAAGAUGACGCUGCCGAUGCUUGGGGCUGGGGAGACGAAGAUGAGGAAGAGCGGCCCGAUGAUGCACAGACUAAAAGUACAAAUGGGGGCAAAUCUGUCAAUGGGAAAGAUUCGGCACAUGAUUCCUCUCCCCGGGAGGUCACAUUGAAAGAGCAGUACACCGUAACCGACAUCCCUGAUUCUAUCCUCGAAAUCAUUCAGCAGCAAAUCAAAGACUCUGAAGCUAUAUCGCAGCCUAUGCAUUCUCACUCCCGCGUUGUUUCCUCUGGUGCAGGCCUUCUUGCACUUCCCACCUUGAUACUCGCCAUGUUCAAGGCCACGGCGUCAUCGUUCUACGGCCUUAAACUCAACUCAGGGCAAAUGUACUUAUACAACGAUAGUUUGUAUCUUGCUGAUAAAGUGCGCAAUCUCUCAGAGGAACAUCAGCUCACCAGGCUCCAUGCCGAUAUCGAUGCGCUCGAGAAGUGUGGCAAAUUCGCCUACAGUAGAGAGAUGCAAACGCAACGCACCAUCGUCACAGACCUGCUGGACGGCGCACAAGGUUUCAGCCAAUGCUCUGAGCAACCGUUCCUGGGAGAAUGUGAAAAUGCAGUUAGUGCAACUGUGGACAGAAUCCAUGACGUUUACAAGGAAUGGCAACCGAUUCUGUCACAUUCCGCACUACUUCAGUCUGUUGGUUCUUUAGUUUCAACAGUUAUCAAUAAGAUCAUCAUCGAGAUCGAAGAACUAGGUGAUAUAUCGGAGGCUCAGUCCCAGCAGCUUGUGUCGUUCUGCAACCAAGUAUCUAAGCUGGAAGAUCUCUUCAUGCCAGAGACAACGGACGAUAACGCACGUGUACCAAUGACCGCUGUCUAUGUACGAGAUUGGUUGAAAUUCCAGUACCUUAUCAACAUACUAGAAAGCUCGUUGGCCGACAUCAAGUUUCUCUGGCUAGAAGGCGAACUACGCCUAGAAUUUUCGCCUGAGGAGGUGGUUGACCUUAUCAAGGCUCUUUUCGCAGAGUCUGACUACAGGCGGAAGGCAAUUGCAGAAAUUCGACGAGUCUCGCGAUGA